CAAAGGUUGAUAAUAAAUAAUCUUUAGAUUAACAAUAAAUAUAAAUGAGGAAGAAAUCAUAAAUUGAAUUAAAGAGAUUAGCUAGAUCAAAAGCUUUAUAGAAAAAUGCUGAAAUGUGUCCAAGCAAAUCAUAAAAUUUAUUAUUCAAUAGCUAGAAUGAAGACAUAGUAUUAAAUGAAUCUCUCAAUUAAUAAAUAUAUUAAAAGCCGCCAAGAAAGAGUUAAGUUUAAUAAUAUUUAGAGAAGAUGUUAAAAACAAUGGAUUGUAAUAAUAUAUAUCUUAUAAUUUAGAAAAAUAAAUUAUAAAUUAGAAAGACAAGAAUAUAAAACCUUUAAGUAUAUUUAAUGAGGAAUUAAAUAAAUCCAAAAGCAAAUUUCACUUCAGAACUUGUUCAUAACCUUCACUUACCAAUUAUUAAUCUUAAUUUUUACCUUAUUAUGAUUAAUUUAGAACCACAACGAAUAGUUCUUAUUAAUAUAAUAAAAAGGAUUGCCUCAAAUUGAUUGAUCUUUUGAAAAAUAAAAAUAAAGUAAUUAAAAUAAGAAAAUGA